GAAAGCGGCGGCUUGGGAUAACUGGCAUGGUUUGGAUGAAUUCUCCAAUCACAGAUCAAUGAAGCUGGUGAAGGAAGCUGUCGGAUCUAUUUUGUGGCGUAGUUCCGAAUUCUAUCCUUGGCAUGUUUAUCGAUCAUUCCUUCCAUUCGCUUCAUCCUCACUCUAUGAAUUGUAUGGGCAUCUCUCUGAUCCCGUUCAAGUGUUCUCCAUAUCCGGCGAGUUUUCCGGUAGCUUUAUUCCUUUGAGCGAGGAUGUACGGAAUGCUCAGGAGGUUGCCGAGGCAAAGCUGAGCGACUUGCCAAAGAAGUUUGAUAACUAUGGAGUCCAAGCAACUAAUUACGAAGCCGAGUUCACUGAACAUGAUGUUCGCAAUGGGGUUGUGACCUGUGCGGCGAUAUCUCAAGAUGGUUCUCAUGUUGCCCUCGGUUUUGCAAGUGGGAUCAUCGAAGUUGCGGACAUCAACCAUCAGCGUACAAUCUCUCGCUUCCAGUCCGAUCCCCCCAACCAUCCAGUUUGGAUAGAGUUUAUCCUUGGUGGCAAUGCUCAGAUUGCCACCGAGGACACUGAUGGAAACAUCUCCGUCCUUAGUCAUGGCACAUGUUUGGUGCCAUGUGGCGCUCUUCCUAGUGGUCAUCACCCUGCUAUAACUGUAUUGUCGAGUAAUGGAUGUUUGAUUGUCCGAGUUCCUCGAACUCUUGACCAGAAUUGGUACAGAAACGUGGCACUCCUGUGUGUUUCGGGAGAGCCAUCCAUUCGGCUCCUCACAUCUCCUUCGGCUCCUUUCAUUCCUUCCGAUCCUGGACUUUCAUCUACUCCUCUACGUCACACAGUUGGAUUCUCUCCUGGAGGCCGAUAUGUAGGCGCUUACGAUGCGAACUGCGCUUUCGUCUGGUCAACGGAUACAUCCGAGUUGGUUGCUCAAUAUCGUGUGCAAAAUCCUGAAUUCUGGAUUUUCAAUCCCGGUUAUGGUCUUCCUCUCUCGUAUCUCGUUCCUACACCGGUAUUUGGUGAUCAUGCCGUUCAUUUGACCCUGGAAGAGGGUGCAACCCAUGUACAGAGUUCCAAGCCGGAUUCAACACACAACGUAGAUGAAUCCUGGCUGAAACGCCCUUUUUAUGACCUCUCGCCAAGCAUGAAGGGAAACACCCAAGCUGAAGAGCACAUCAAAGCCUAUUCCUCAGCGAUAGGGCGGGUCCCAUUUCUUUCUACCCAGUCCAGAUUCUUGAUACCUCCGGUCUUCUUUAAUGGACAAAUCGAACUCAUUGUCGAACCCAAGUACGACCCAGUCUAUACAAACACACAUCCCUCCUCUAGGGAGAAUGAACCCUGGUACGGUGAUCUGGUGUAUCAGGAUCAGAGCCCAUAUCACUUUCCUCGGGCUAGCAAGGACGGUACUCGAUUUCUGCUCCAGGGAGAAUUGAGGACUCCGGUGGUCGUCGAUAUCAGCCAAGUUGUCCUUUAGUCCUUAACUGCCAGGUUGACUGGUUCCCAAUUAUUUGCAGAGUAUUGGAAUUGAGAAUUACGCUACUUCAUGAUUGUGGUUGUACACAACAAU